GCAUGGCCAUGAAACCUCUGACUGCAGCACUGGACAUUUUACAAGGCGACUGUCCAUAUGGAACUUUACUACCAACACUUGAAGUUCUGAUGCAGAAGACCCAGGCUGUGAAAGAUGACCUCUCCAGGAUGACUGCAGGCCUUCCAGAUGCCAUUGUAAAGGCUAUUCAGACUCGUUUCGCCAGUGUGCUGGACGACAAAGAUGCCCUUCUCGCAGCUGCCAGUAGUCCAAAAUUCAAACUCCGAUGGCUGAGAGAUGCAGGAAGGAGGGAGCGAGUAAAACAGCUUCUGACAGCAGAGUGUUGCACCACUGCUCCUCUGGCAAAAAACCCUGCCAGUGUGCCCAGUGCUACUACAUCUAGCAGCCAAGGUGAGAUGGACUUUUUCACUUUUGAGGCAGAGCCAGAGGAGGAGACCUAUUCUGCAGAAAAAGAAGUCAUGGACUACCUGAUGUCAGGCUACGACCUUCAGAUUCUGCAUAAGUUUUCAAGCAUAAAGACAAUUUUUUUAAAGUAUAACACUCCAACCCCAUCAAGUGCUCCUGUGGAGCGACUUUUUAGUCUGGGAGGUUUGGUGCUCACGCCUAAAAGAAAUCGACUUUCUGACAGAAGGUUUGAGAAGCUUCUGUUAAUGAGGUACAACCACUGGUUUACUCGCUCCACUCUACUGUUUCCCCCAUAACAUGCGAUGACAACAUAUACUGAAAAAAAGAGAAUGGGGAAUCCAAUUUAAAUAACUAUUUACAAGUAAUUGAAUUGAGUUUAUCAAAGUCACUUAAUAAACUUAUUAAAGUUUUCAAGUUGAUUAACUUAAAUCAAUUACUUGCAAGGAAGUAAGGCAAUUUAAGUUGGACCUGCAGUCUCUUUUAUUUUCAUAAGAUUAGUCCAAAGUUACAAAAGCGGACAAUAGUGCUUACAUGUGGAUGGUAUAAAAAGUAUCUUAAGGGAAGUCAAGAAAGACUCUUUGUUUGUUUGUUUUUUUUAUAA